GGGGCGAGGAAGCACCUGCUUCCAAAGAGGAGGAGAAGAAGGAGGAGAAGGAGGAGGAGGAGGAGAGACGGAUCUCACGAGAAGCUGCAGUUGUUGGCACUGACACUUGUGCGUAAACUUGGAUUGCACCGAGAAUAUGCACAAGUUAUUUUCCUUCAUCUGGCGGGGAAAUCGGGAGGCGCGAGCCGUCAAAAAGCAGCAGAUGGAUGGCGUCGUGGUAAAUGUUCAAGGAUGGUCUUUGAACGCACCGCUCGUUACUUCGCAUUGAGGAGAUUUUAUGUAGACGACUGCGCUGCAGACAAGUCGGAUUAGAAGAGUCCGCGCUCGGAGUGAGGUGCGCGCAACAAGAGGAUGCCAGCCAGGCGUGGCCAAUGUGAGGAGAAUGCGUGGGGAGGAUGUAUAUAAUAGAGUCUUUUCCUUCUCAUUAGCGCACAUAUCAAAACGGAUGACGAGAGGACUUCAUUUAGCCUGCAUGGCUCGGACAUUUUGACCACUUUAAAUGCCUUCGCUUAGUUUAAACCUGACGGCCGCGCACACCAUGGCCGAGGUGGGAACUUUGUUCGGAGGGCUCGAUUUGGAUUUACAAAGUUUCCCCGCGUUUGGGAACGCGCCCCUUCAGCCGGAGUCGCCGCUGGGCUUGAAUGAGCGCCUGGGCCAGAGCGACGGGGGCCUCCAGCGGGGGUCGCCCACCGACUUCGGCCACCUCAAAGGCAUCCUGAGGCGGCGGCAGCUCUACUGCAGGACCGGCUUCCAGCUGGAGAUAUUCCCUAAUGGGACCGUGCACGGGACCAGGCAGGACCACAGCAGGUUUGGUAUCCUGGAGUUCAUCAGUCUGGCAGUCGGUCUGGUCAGCAUCAGGGGCGUGGACGCCGGACUGUACCUCGGCAUGAAUGAGAAAGGAGAGCUCUAUGGGUCGAGGAAGCUGACGGCGGAGUGCGUGUUCAGGGAGCAGUUUGAGGAGAACUGGUACAACACGUACGCGUCCACACUCUACAAGCACAACGACACGGCGCGCUUCUACUACGUGGCCUUGAACAAAGACGGCUCGCCCAGGGAGGGCAGCAGGACUAAAAAGCACCAGAAACUCACACACUUCUUACCGCGACCCGUGGAGAUCGAGAAAAUCCCUCAGGCCUACCGGGACCUCUUCCAGGACAGGUGACCGCAGCUUGGACGUGCGGUCCCGCUUCCAAGACGACGUGGCCACAGGGGGUUGUUUGCUACAAAACUGUUUACCGUGCGCUGAGGUCACCGCCUCGGCUCGCUACCAAGAGCACUGAUGUAAACAUCUUUGCGUGUUCCCUGAUGUUGCUUCAUUGCAUCUGCGGCCGACCAAACCGGCAAGAGAGGACGCUCCGGUCGGGCGCUAUAACCACUUUUCCUCGAGAUCAAUUAGCACUACGCUGGCGCGGAACCAACGGACGGUGUGGCCUUUUGAGGGGCGCCUCACGCGAUGGGAAAGGAAGCACUCGAGCUAACGGAAGAGGAGGCACUUUCCCACAUGGACCGAGAGAAAGGAAGGACAGGAAGAAGGCUCAAGUGUACAGUGCACGCAUUGCGCAACAUUCCUGUGACGCGUUCCAAAUGGUCACGGACUGAAGCGAGAAGAGAAUGUCCCGCGCUGGACAGAGAACACGACAAAUGUGGUCUUCAUCCAAGAGCACUUACUGAACCACCAGGACGGAGGAUAGUAUGGACGGCCCUUUGAGCGUUUAUUCCAUAGUAGCAGCGGUAGCAUGCAGUUGGCAAGUAGUGCAGUUUUGCCUUGCUAGUCACAUGUCGUCCUAGGUGUCCUUUAAGCCUACGAGCACGUAAACCUCAAACUGGAUAUCAAGGAUGUCAUAUCAAUGCUCCAAAAUGUUUUUCCUCACUAGUAAGACAAUUCGGCUCCCUGGUAAAGUGACUGCGUCAUACGAGUCAUGUUUUUUUUCCACCAUUGCCUUCCAGUAAAGGAAUGACGACUGAUGUAUUCGUAGCACAACUGCAAGUGAAGCAACUCGUACAAACUGGUAGAAUGUCAUCAUGUCAGUCGUGGUACAAGCAACGCGCAUAUUGUCAUUGAGUGCAAACUUUUGCCUCACUAACACGUAGAUGUCGAACGAGUACACCAAAGUUGUCCUACUCCUGAGUGACGAAUCAAAUUCAUGCUGAAACAGUUUUCCAUCAAGCAACAUUGUUACAAUCUAGUUUAAGGGCCACAUACUAGUACACCCUUCGUCCUCAUUAAGUGGAUCGAUUGUCUUACCAGUGCACGUUUUUUGUUUUUCCAACCACUCCCUUCCACUGUUGGAUGACCUAUGUGCACUAUAAUAGGACAACUUUGGCAGACUAGUAGGACAUACGAUUUGCUAGUGACGUAAUACUACUAGUGGGCAUUUUGGUAUCAUUAGUAGGUGUCUACUCAGUCAUUCGAUUCGAGUGCUGAAUCAAUUUCACUCGUGAGAACAAGGAGCAGACUAGUACAUGAACCUCAAUCACUGCCUUCCAUGAUAGGAAGGAUGAGUUUGACAUCCUGGAAGGGCAACACCAUGAUACUAUAUUGAGUCAAAACUGUGCACUAGUUGACAUUUGUGCACAGUAUCACUAGUGACACGGUAGAUGUUAACUAGUGGAAUUUUACAAUGUCACUUUGGUACUAGUAGCACACAGUUGUGAAGUGCACAUUUUUGCCUCAUCGGUCACAUGGAGUUGUCCUACUAGUGCGCAAUUAAUCAAAUCAAUACCCAAACAGAUUUCCUGUUGUGUAUUUAUUAAAUAUCCUUACAAUCCAUCUUAAGUACCACGUACAAGUACACUCUUUGUCCUCACUAUUAGGACACAUUAGUGCACUAAUAUAACAACGUUUUUUUCCACUACUGGAUGACAAUUUCUGCACUCUACGAAGACAACUUUGAUAUAGUAAAGGGGACCAGCGAAGCAAAAUGUUGGUGCUACGAGAAGGGUCCAAGAGGAUACUAGUGUGUAAAAUAUGCCUGCUAGUUGGGUCAAGUAGUGUUACUGUUAGUUUAUCAUUUAGAUUUAUCUGCUGACCAGUAGGCCAGCAGACAUGGGGGGAAAAAAAAGUCAUGCUACGAGUGUGUUGAAUUGUCUUACUAGUACAUUGAGAUGGAUCUCAAGGAUAUGGAAUAAAAGCUAAAAGGGCUUUCCAUAAGCUUUGAAUAAUCGGUGUGAUCAAUGCGAUUGACGUGUGAUGUUCAGUGUGUCAGGAACACUAUUCAAAAGGCAAGCAGCCGAGGGGUACAUAUGGGCGAUCCUAUUUAUGAGAUGUAAAAUAUAUUUAUUUUCGACAUAUAAAGUAUAAAUAUAAAUCUAUAUAUUUAUUUAUUGUAAAGACUCUAUUUUGUAAUGAACUUGAAAUUAUCGCGACCGUAGAUUCUACUGAAAUUACACCAAUAAAGCAUUUUUUAGAAAAUAAUAAUAAAUGAUAAAGAUUUGCAGUUAAUAUGACAAUAAAAUUGUCCUGCUAUGUGACAUAUGCUCGUGAGACUGUUUGUGUCUGGAUCCAAAUUUGAUGUACCAAUUAAAAACAUGUAGAUUGUA